GCUCCGAGAUAUUGCUAAAUGGAAUGCUGAUCAAUUAGCACCACUUCAGGCCCAAAUACAGCAAAGUCUUCAGGCACUCAACCAGGUGAAUAUUCAGUUUACACAGGCCCAGAAAGAUCUUAAUCAACUUCAUCAGGAUUAUCUUCAUCUUAAUGUUGCUCAUACUCAGCUUAAUAAUACUCAUACUCAAUUUGUUAAUGCUCAGGCUCAGUUUAUUAAUAAUAUUCAUGAUCCACUUGUUCAGGCCAAUCAUCAGCUUACCCAGGCCUAUAACUUCCAAAAUGGGCAAUUACAAAAUUUCCAACAAAAACACGUAAAAUGGAAAAGAAUAGCCAGAAAUAGAAAUGCUAAUCUUGAUGUUAUUUGGCUUGUAGGAUUUUCAAAUUGA